CCUCUUUCUCUUCUACUUCAUCUCUCUCUCACACUCUCUCCAUUCGCCAUGGCUAAGCCAAUGACGAAAUACAGUGCACUCAACUAACCAAAACCCUUAAAGAAAAAACACAACAACAAGAGGAAAAAAACGUCAUGAGAGGGCUAAAGAGCUUCAAAACGACGUCAUUAUAUCAGAACCAUCAUCAAUGGCCACCGGUGGGAGCUCCGACGAAUCUCCGGCGAGGAGAGCCAUGGAGAUCUCAGUUCGACGACUCGGUCAAUGCUGUUUCCUUCGGUUUCGUUGCAACCGCCAUUCUCAUCUCAAUGUUCCUCGUCAUGGCCAUCUUCGAGAGACUGAUUCGAACCACCACCACACACUCAGAUUCUUCUCCGGGUCGGGUCCUUCCGGGUCUGGACUCUCGGGUCGGGUUCAAUGACAUUGCUUCUUCUAAGCUUGGUUACCAAUCUCCCAAGAUAGGUGUGUAUUCAAAAGGGGUCUCGGUGUUGAUGCCAGGAGACAAAAUACCUACAUUCAUCGCUCACCCUGUACCCGGACCUGCACCUGCGCCCAGAGAUUCCAACACUCAAAGUCCCAGCUCAAGCUCCAUUCAAGAAUGUUAACAAUUCGAGUUUGUUAUAAUUCGCUGUUUUGUUUUUCCAAGAUUAUGUCAGCUUCAUUGCUUAGAUUUGAGGAGGUCGUUAUGAGUAUUUGCUGUAUAUAUAAUUAUAGAAACCAAACUGCA